AUGGCUGAGGAGUCGCCUAUCAGCUACGAGCAGCUCGCUGCUAUUGAGCGCGAGUUUGAGGAUGUCGAGACCGAGAUCAUCCGCAAGCAGUACGAGCUGACGCGCCCCCUCUACGAGAAGCGCCAGGCCAUCAUCUCCAAGAUUCCCAACUUCUGGCCCCUCGUUCUCGAGCAGGCGCCCCCCGACAUUGACGAGUACAUCCAGCCCCAGGACUCGGCACUGCUGCUGGCGGCGCUCAAGAACGUGUCCGUGUCGCGCUUCGACAUUGAGAACGGCGCGCAGGGCGACCCGCGCAGCGUGUCGAUCAAGCUCGAGUUUGGCGACAACGACUUCUUCGAGGACAAGGUCGUCGAGAAGAAGUUCUGGUACCGCCACUCGGAUGAGUUCACCGGCCUCAUCAGCGAGCCCGUGACGCUCCGCUGGAAGGCCGGCAAGGACCUCACCGGCGGCCUGCUCGACCUCGUCAAGAAGGUCUGGGACAGCGACGCGACGGCGUGGAAGGGCGGCAAGGGCGACUCGGCCGAGGCCAAGGCCCUGCGCGCCAAGAUGGAGGAGACGGGCAUGGGCGGCGUGUCCUUCUUUGCCUGGCUCGGCUACGUCGGCCGCAGGAUCACCGAGGCCGAAAGCAAGGCGGCUUUCGAGAAGGAGACGCGCGAGAUCCAGAUGCGCCUCAACGGCGAGAAGGUCGACGGCGACGAGGAGAUGGAGGACGACGAGGACGACGAGGACGACGACCUCGAGAUCUUCCCCGGCGGCGACGACCUCGCGCAGGCCAUCGCCGUCGACCUGUGGCCCGAGGCGCUCAAGUACUUUGCGCAGGCGCAGGAGAUGGAGGCCAUGAGCGAUGUCGAGUUUGAGGACGAUGAUGACGAGGAUGACGAGUAA